AUGAAGUUCUCUACUCUGGUCAGUGUGCUAGCUGCUACCACCGCAGCUAAUGCUGCAUAUAUCAACUACACCACUGUAACUGGAUACUUUUUUCAAGACGAGCCGUCGACCGAUCCUUCUACUUUCGUUUACUAUAAAGAAAACUUCGGCCUCAUCAAUCGCACUUACCCAGGCGAGAAGAACGGAGGCUGGAUCGGCCACGGACAGACGCAAUGGCAAAAGUUUUACCAUGAAGUGCUUCGAUUGAAUCGUGAAUCACCGGAGAAUGUGCAGUACAAGGUUUUCUUUUUCGGAAGACAUGGGGAGGGGUAUCAUAAUGCGGCUGAGUCGUUUUAUGGGACGCCUGCUUGGAAUUGCUACUGGGCCGAACUCAACGGCAACAGCACAAACACCUGGCACGACGCAGCCCUAACCGCCAACGGGGUUGCCCAAGCCCAAAUCGCGCACAACUUCUGGCAAGACCUAAUCAACAACCAAAAGAUUCAUACUCCAGACGCGUAUUACGUCUCGCCACUAACACGCUGUCUCCAAACGGCCAAUGUCACCUUCACAGGCCUCGACUUGCCGCACUCAGGCGCCGAGUUCAAGCCCACGGUUAAAGAAUUGCUUCGCGAGGGGAUCAGUAUUCAUACCUGCGACAACCGUCGGAAUAAGACGUAUAUCCACGACCUCUUCCCAGAAUGGCAAAUCGAAGAUGGAUUCGCAGAGACCGAUGAAUUAUGGAACGGCAUAAGCGAAGAAACCAGCGACGCCGAAGCAGUUCGCUCAAAGAAAGUUCUCGACGAAAUCUUCACCGAACUAACCUCCUUCGAGACAAGCGCCUGCGAACCUUCGCCCGAGAAUCUAUUCAUCUCCGUGACAAGUCAUUCAGGCCAAAUCGGGUCCUUGUUGAGUGUAUUGGGUCAUAGGAAGUUCAGUCUUAGUACCGGUGCUGUGAUCCCCGUGCUUGUUAGAGCGGAAUAUUCUGAGAAGCAGGUUGCGACGACUUGUUUGCCUUGGGCUGUUAGUCCACAUUGUACGGCCCCUCCCCAGGCGUCGGUUUCGGCGUGUGUUUGUGCUGGAGGAGCGACGCCGGUGACGACGCCGUUGGUUAGUGUUACGGCGAGACCGCCGACGGUUACCGGGCCGGUUUGUUAUUGA